UUGAAUUUGAGGGCGCUGCAAUUAUUGUGGGGAAAAUGGCAUCAAAGUCGAAAAGCAAAGAGAAGAAAAACGCUAAAAAAGACAAACCUGUCGUUAUAGAAGAACCUCCUGCACCACCAGAGGAGAAACUUGAAGAGAUAAAGGAUGAAAAAAUAGAAGAUAAGCCCGAAGAUGACACUACUACUGUAGAACAGGAACCUCCGAAAGAACCAACCCCGUCGCCCGAAGUCGAGGAGCCUUCGUUAUGCGAGCUCAUUGUAGAAUGUUUUGAAGGUGAAGUUAUGCGUGGACUGUUUGAGGGAGAUGGCUCAGCGUACUUUUAUGGAGGUCAUGUUUAUCGAGGUCAGUUCUUCCAAGGUUUAAUGCAUGGCCAAGGUGUUUACACAUGGGCUGAUGGAGUCAAAUAUGAGGGCGACUUCCAUGAGAACUCUGUCACUGGGAAGGGAAUGUACACAUGGCCAGAUGGAAGUAGCUAUGAAGGAGAUGUCCUGAAUGGCAAACGGCACGGACAUGGUACCUUCCGAAGCAUAUCGUCACCAUCCUCUUACACUGGCAACUGGGUCCAUGGCAAAAGGGAAGGAGCAGGAAUUAUACGCUACGACACAGAUGGAAUGUCUUUCUACGAAGGGGACUGGGUUGACAACAAGCGCCAUGGUUUCGGAGUGCGUCGUUAUCACUCGGGCAACGUCUAUGAAGGGGAAUGGGUGAACAACAAGCGACAUGGAACAGGUUUGAUGCGUUGGGUAGAUGUGGACCAGAGUUAUAAUGGACAGUGGUACCAGGGCAUACAGCAUGGCAAAGGUGAUCACAGCUGGUUUUUGAAACGACUUCCUGGUUCUCAGUAUCCCUUACGUAACCAGUAUGAAGGAGAGUUUGUUUAUGGGAAACGGCAUGGUUACGGGCACUUCUACUAUGCCAAUGGAGCUAAGUAUGACGGAGAGUGGGAGAACAACAUGAAGAAUGGAAGAGGUGUUUUCACCUUAAAAAAUGGUCGAGUAUUUGAAGGCAUCUUCCAUGAUGACAGAAUGGUUGAGUAUCCAGAUUUUUCAAUGGAUGGCACAAACACACCAGACAUCACCACCAUACGCACCAGGACACCAGAUCCGCUAGGCCCAGCAAACAUUGGGGAUGGCACCUCCAGAAGCUUUGAGAGUCGUAACACCUUAGGACCCAGUUUAACGCUUGACAUUGACCAUCUUCUGAACCAGUUUGAUGACAGUGACAGGGAGGAAGAGUUACAGCAGGUCAUGUUUGUGACCCUUCGCCAUAUCACACACCUGCGUAAAGUUUAUAGUUAUUACAGCAGCUUGGGUCACGACACUGCUACGGACAAUACCUUCAUUAUGACUCGACUCCAGUUUUGGCGGUUCUUAAAGGAUUGCCAAUUUCAUUGCAGUGGAAUCACUCUUAUGGAGAUGGACAGGCUUCUUGCUAAUGACAAGACUGCUACUGAUAUCCACUCACCGUUGGAUAAACUGCUUUUAAGAGAAUUUCUGAACCAUGUCAUCACAUUGUCAUACCACAUGUACGAAGAAGAGCAUAGUGGGAAAGGAACUGUUGUUUCGUGGUGCUUCUCGAAGGUGAUAACCGAGAACAUAGUACUUUAUUCAUGUGAUGUACAGGGGCGGUUCUUGUGUGAACCACGUUAUGCUGUAAAUGCCCUUGGCUACCUCGAGAGAACGUUGGAACUCUAUUAUGCCAUCUGCAAUCCAAGAAAGGCAAGUCCAUGUGACUUAUCACUGACAAUGAGGGAGUUCCUCUUCAUGCUCAAUGACUACAAGCUUAUCAAUGAUAGAUUGUCACCACAAAUGAUUAUCCAGAUCUUAGCCUGUGAUGAUCCAGCAGCUUAUGAUUCUGUUGACUACAAUCUGGAAUUGGAGAUGACGUUUUUAGAGUUCUUUGAAGCAUUGAUUGGUUGCGCCGUGGUUUUUGUUACCGAGGAGAUUGUAAAAGACCCAACGACUCCACGGCCAAGCACCACCAUCUCAAAUGCAGCUCAGAGCAGCUAUGCCACCUCCACUCCCGCCUCAGCUUCAAGAGCGAGUCAGCUGGAAGAUGAUGAGCAAGGAAUAACUGGAGUAAAUUCCCCACCUCACAGUAGUAUGUCACCCCCUAUGUCACCAGCACAAAGAGUUGCAUCAUCAACUGAAGAACUCGCCCAAAAAGGAUCUAGUGAGAAACUAGGAUCUUUUGUCUUAAGCCCUCGGACAGAAGCAGGUCAGGAGAGUGGGUUGGACAUUAAACAUUCCAAAUUAGGUACAGCAAGGUCAGGUACUGAUGAAGCUCAACCUCUGCUACAGUCAAUGUUAUCAAUGGGUGAUGCCACUGAACAUGCAGAAGAUGAUAUAAUUGAAGAAGAGAUGGACGAUGAGACGCGCGAGUUUAAUUUCUGGACGCAUCAGAUUAACAUCUUCUUUUUGAGAAAGUUGUUUCCUGCCUAUGAACACAUGGAGAAAAUUAAAGAAAAGAAAGAAAUAAUUAAAGCUGAAGAACGGGCUUUGGCUGAACAGUCGCUUCUGAAAGAACAAACAAAAGAAGACACCUCUAAACAUCUGGUUGUCAGAUCAGGAAGUUCAGUUGAGUUGAAAUGCGAGGGCAGUGUUGUCAUCAGUCAAGCACCCAUUGAUUCUAAACAUUGAUAAUAAACUAGAGAUGAACCAGCUACUGUACUAGGUUAUUAUUGGUUUAUAGUUCGAUUGGAAAAACCUGACUGAUUAGCUUCAAUAACAGCUUGAUAGAAACUAAAGGUGUGUUUGCAUUGGUCAAACAUAAGCAUAUACCAAGUCAGUUUGAACAAAAUCCAGUGUGAACAACUUAGGUACCAUCACACAGGUAUUGCUUUCAUCCAAGUAAACAUUUCCUAGGAAGAAUUAUCGGGUGGUAUUUACUGAGCAGAAAAGUCAAAAUGUCAGCAGCAAGAAUCAGGUAAUCUCCUGAGGAGUGCUCACCACAACUGUGCACCUUUGAACUUUUCAUAGAAUAUAUUCAUGAUUAGACCAACCACACAUGUGCAAAAUCCUACUACUUAUUGCUUAGCAACAAGCUCAGUAACCAAGGUUACCCUUCUACUUGGUCAAAAUUCAUUCAAUAUAAACACGGCAUAAGACAGAUGAUAUUGAUUAUUGUAAAUAUUGUGAAUAAAAUAAUAAUUAUUUAUCUUUACAUAUUUAGAAAAUAUGUCAAACGAUUCAUCAGUUGUAAAUAAAUAAGCAUAUGCUAUGAUA